AGCGGAUGAUUGCGAUUGGCAUCGAGUGAGCGAGUGAGCAAGCAAGCAAAAGAGCGAGUGCGCAACAAGUUUUACAAGUGGAUGUUUAACAUAGACGAUGAUAUGCAUAUGAAGUAAAAAUUUAAAUGAAUGCAAAAGUGAAGGCAACAGCAAUUGACAGUAGCGAGAUAGAGCAAGAGAGAUAUAUAAAUAUAUAUGUAUACAGUGCAAAGUAACAACAUUUUCAAACUUCAUUAAAGUAAAAACAUUAAAAUAAUCUAAAGUAUCAGUUCGCGCUAAAUAAAGCUCAUUAUGAACCUUAUGAACAUAAUAAAAAGCAAGAAGUGGUGCGCCAAUGAAACAACAACACACAACAAUCAUAUCAACAAUAGCGCUUGCCAAAAUCUAGUUUAACAUUUUUGUCGAAAAAAUCAAAACAGCGAAAGAGCGCGCGAGAGUGUUUGGGAGUGUGCGUGUGUAUUCGCAUGAGAGUGCGAACGAGACAGCCUAUGACACUGAGUUACACUUUCGCAACAGAUUUGAAGCGCGCCAAGUGCUGCGAAAUAUACAGAUAUAACGACAUACAUACAUACAUAUGUACAUUGCUCUAACUGCAGCGAACAAGCGCGAUUUUCUUGCAAUAUAAUUGUUAUUAUAAUACAACAAAUAAAUACAAACAGAAAAACGUGCUACCACGAGAACGAAAAAAUGGAGUAUGAGAAGAUAUUGUACAUGUCAAACAAUGAGAUGCCGCCAGCCAAUGCGCCACAGCAGCUUCAGUUCAAACUCGGCGCCGCAGUUACACAUCAGUUUUUAGCUCCAAGCGACCAGUACUCGGCCUAUGCGGACAACUUUGAUUUGUCAUUGCUGCCAUAUAGCCAGGAGGCCAGCAUACCUACAACUGUCUAUCAAUAUAACGCAUCACCUGCUCCGCAGAUCAAAAUUGAGAGCGCCUGGGACUGUUUGCAAGAGUCGCAAAUCAUUAAGCAGGAGCAGCCAACGGCAGCGGUCUCCUGUGCCACAUCCAGCAAUCAGUUGAUUCCACCACCGCCAGCCUAUCCAUACAGCGCCUACCCCUCACCCCAGUCCAGUCCUCUUCAAUCCGAAUUCGCUUCGUUUGCUUACGGUGGCAAAUAUAACGCUGGUUACGAUUCAUUGAGCUCGUCACGUACCUCUUUGUAUGCAUCAUCGCCUUGUCCCUCACUGGAUGCCACUUGCAUCAAGCAGGAGCUGCAUAUUUUGCCACCUUCACCGCCCGAAUCCAAUUGCGAGACGCCCUCGCCCCGCUCGGCUACCAGUGAGAGCAUCAAGGCGGAGCCCUUGGAUGCAGACGUUGAGAGUUUCAUCGACUUGAACGCAUUGCUUCAGCAACAGCAGCAUCAUCAGCAGUCGGACAUAAAGCCCGAUCAUCAGCUGCUGCGCGAGUGCUUAGAGGACACAACAUUCCAGAGGAAGCACAAUCUUAAGCCUUUGGCACUGGAGUCUUUCAUCGGCGGUUUGGCUGAGGUACGCGGAGAUUUCGAACCAGUCAUAUCGCUGGCCCUGGAGCAUGCCAAGCGUGAGGCGGACGCCAUAUGCGCCCAGCUGCAUAUAUCGCAGGAUCCCAACGCUUGGUCGCCGGCGCAAGUGCAUGCUUGGCUACGCUCUACCCUGGCACAGUUCAAGCUACCCCAGGCCGUUGACUUGGAGCUGCUAUUUAGCGAAAAUGGAGCUGCUUUAGCAUUACUCAGCGAGGAGGAAUUCGUGCGUCGUCUGCCCCAGAGUGGCAGCACAUUGCAUGCUCAGCUAGAAAUCUGGAAGAUGGCCUACGCCGAUAGCAGCUAUCAAACGGCCGGCAGUCAAAUGGAAGCCAGCGGCAUUCAGGCGGAGCCCACAGCGGUAACGACCGCUCCACAGGAGACAGCUGAAAUGUGGCCUGGGAAUUAUCAGUUGCAGAACAUGGACGAGUGCAAUGAGGACAGUGAAGAGGACGAAGAACUAGAAACGGCAGCUCCCGUUAAUGCAGGCUCAGGCAUAUCGCAGGCUUUGUCUGUUCGAAGUAACAGUGGAGGUUCCAGCCAGAUGCCCGUAAAGCGCACAUCAGGCUCUCGAGCUGGUGGUGGUUCCCACAUACAUCUCUGGCAGUUUCUGAAGGAGCUGCUUGCGGCCCCGCAAGUCAACGGCACUGCGAUUCGUUGGAUAGAUCGAAGCAAGGGCAUCUUUAAGAUUGAGGACUCCGUGCGUGUGGCCAAGCUGUGGGGUCGACGCAAGAAUCGUCCGGCUAUGAAUUACGAUAAGUUGUCGCGCUCCAUCCGUCAGUACUAUAAGAAGGGCAUCAUGAAGAAAACGGAGCGUUCGCAGCGUCUGGUAUAUCAGUUCUGCCAGCCGUACCAUCAGUGAGCUUGAUCCUGGGCGGUAGCUCAGUUAUUUGUCUAUUUCUAAGCUCUAUUUAUUGUAGCUCUAAGUCAGACCAGUACCCACCCACACCCCUCAAAUACUCGACUAUGCUCGACUAGCUGACGAAGAUCUAGCGAGUUGUUAGUUCUUGUAUACAGAGAAUUUCUAGGCAUGAAGGUAAGUUCGUGCAUUAGCCUUAAUAUCUGCUUAGCCCUUGGAGACGAGUCCAAGUUCGUUUUUAGUCUACAUCUUAAAACAUAUUUAGUCUAUCAUUGAUAGGAGAGCCUGUGCCGCUGUCGAAGGUAAGUUCGUCAAGCAGAAGGUCAUUAAGUAAUUGAAAUAAUCAUAAUUUUUGGUGUAAUUGGGCGUGUCCAGAGAGCUGCACGUCUUAAACUGCACAUAUUUGAUUUACCGGCGACAUCUUUAUUCAAAUGCUGCCCCUAUAAUAGUGCCUACCAUAGGCUACGUCUGUGCGUAUGUGUCAGGGUAUUUUAAUGUGUUGUUGGCCGCCAUUAGUAGCCUGUGGCGAACUUGGCCAGAAGCCAACAACAUUGCACGACACGACAAAUGCUAGCAGACGAGUCGCAGCAGCAGGUUGGGGCAGUAUGAAGGUGUUGCGGUAAUUUUAGGAACCAUAUAUCUAUGAUAUAUCAAAAGUACGUUCUAUGAACAACAAAACAAGCAAUCGAAGUUAUCAUUAAUUCUAAGCGUAGUUGCUCUUUGAGAGUGACUCUUUAAACUUUAAAUAUUUUGCUAAGUCUUCACACUUCCUUGAAAAUUUUUUCUCUUUCUACGAAAUUGUUUAAGUUAAAAAAUUUUUGACGGUUCUAAAAUAUUGGCUUAAAAAGCUUUUAAAUGUAUUUAUAUAAUCUUAUAAGCAUAGCCUUCCUGCUAAAGUGUCUUAACGUUUAAAUUAUUUGCUGGUGUUGGUUUCAUUUAAGUUUAUUGCUUAUAUUAUUUUUAAAUAUGUGUAGCCAUUUGUGUUGGGUAGCUUGCUAAGUUAAUUUUAUUAUUUAUUUUUCUGUCGCUUUAUUUAUAUAGGCGCUUGAAAAAAGAAUGAUUUGCCAUUGUUGCAGCAUGUGCAAAAGUUAAUUGUUUUGCCUCUAUUUGCAUUAAUUUUGCAGUUUUAAUUUAAUUAUGCAGCUCCAGUAGGCUGCCUUGUUUUUCAUAACAAUUUUUUACUUGCGUUAAGGUUUUUUAUUCGAAAAAAAAAACACAUACAUACAUUAUUAUGAUUAUUAUAUAGAAACGAUGAUAUUGUUUGUUUGCUUGAUGUUGAGGUUUUCAUUUCCAUUGUGCAUACUAGCGAUGCAUACAUGUAUUUAUU